AAUCCUCAUUUGUUUCAUUCAAACCAUCAUCAUGUCGUAUGUGAAGAAUGACUCAGGCAAAUCCUACCACUUGCAAUGUACCGGAGAUGCUUUAGAAACCGUGAAACAGCAUGGCAAGCCUACAGAUAUCACCCUCUUCGGCAGUUGUUUCUGCCCUUUCGUGCAACGGGUAUGGGUGACUUUAGAACACCUUGGCAUUGACUAUGAUUAUUACGAAGUAGAUCCUUACAAGAAACCCGCCGAGUUAUUGGAGGUAUCCCCAAAGGGUUUAGUCCCUGCGUUGAAACUCAACAAUUAUAAUCCUCCCCGAGCCUUGAAUGAGAGCACAGUGAUCAUCGAAUUCCUGGAGGACCUUGCAUCCUCGAGCACAAGGCGUAGUUUGCUACCUCCGAUUUCGGACCCUUAUGCCCGAGCACUGAUUCGCUUGCAGGCAGAUCACGUCAAUCGGACACUGGUGCCCGCAUUCUAUCGGUACCUCCAAGCACAAGAAGAAGAGAAGCAGAUCCAAGGCGCCAAAGAUUUCGUUGAAUCACUUGGAGGUCUGUUGCAGCUAUUUGAGCGAGCUGGGAAGGAAUCAGUCAGCACCGUCGGUCUCUGGACGGAGGGCGAGCUUGGCCUAGCAGACGUAAUGGCGGGACCAUGGAUUUUCCGCGCGACCAACGUUUUGGUCCAUUACAGGGGAUUCAGCCUUCCGGAAGGUGUGAAGUUCCGUGCCUACGUUGAGAGGCUUGUGAGCCAUCCGACAUUCAAGAAGACUUGCAGUACCGAGGAUCUAUACUUGGACAGUUACGAACGAUAUGCCUAUAACCGACCAAACACGAGUCAGGUAGCAAAUGCGAUCAAUUCCGGCAGGGCCUUACCCUAAGAGUAGUCACGACAAUGCCUAUGGGAGUUCCCAUGUAACUGGAGAGGAGGGUCUUCGCGACAAGAACGUGAAGUUCUGCUAGGUCUCGAUGUAAACCAGUGUAACAUAAAGUUCAAUAUUUGAUCGGCGGCGGCGAUCGAGCAGAACACUGCGUCCGAAGAAGCUCCUGGCAAGGCAAGCGCUCGGUAUUCGUGCUAUAUCCACCCUUCGGACGUUGCGCAGGAAAUGACAGUUGGCAACAAGUACAGGGACCUUCCGGAAACAACAGUAGGCACUGGAAACGAAUCAGGAUCAGAAAGGUUUGUUGUAUCAGUCGAAAAUGAUGAUUGCAAAUUGCGCUCAGCAACUUGCAUGUUCACGAAAGGGAGGGCGGAAAUGAAUCGCCCUGUCUAGA